CAACCAUCCAUCUUCGGAUAAUGGCAUCCCUUCUCGUUUUGCUACUACUGGGUGCCCUCACACACGCAUGUCUGGGGCAAAUUGAUUACGACUACACUUCGUUGAUUGGUCUGUCAAACACAUUCUAUAAAAUCCAACGGCAAGGGCGACUCCCUGAUAAUGACGUUCCUUGGCGAGGGGAUACAUUCCUCGACGAUGGACAAGAUAUCGGAGUAGAUCUUUCUGGUGGUCAUUUUGAUGCGGGAGAUUUUGUGAAAUUCAUGUUUCCCUACGCCGGCUUCACAACCAUUAUAAACUGGGGUAUAAUCGACUUUCCCACCGGGUAUGAGGCAUCCGUUCUGUCCGGAGCGCUGGAAACUGUCCGAACAUCGCUGAAUUUCCUGCUGAAAACGCAUCCUCAAGCCAACACUAUCCAUGCCCAGAUGGGGAACGGUACCUUGGACCAUAGUUGGUGGGGAAGACCGGAGGAUUGGCCGUACGGCCCGAGACCAACCUACACCAUUACGGAAUCACGCCCUGGGUCGGAAUUGGGUUCUGAAUAUGCGGCAGCAUUUGCAUCUGGGUACCUCGUGUUUAAGGAGAGGGAUCCAGCUUUUGCGGCCACAAUGCUCCAACAUGCUAGACAGGCUUAUAACUUUGCAUACACGUACCGAGGAAAGUACAGCGAUUCUGUGCCGGAAGCGGCAGAUUUUUACAAUUCUUGGUCCGGCUAUGGGGAUGACCUAGGUUACGGGGCGUUGUGGAUGUACCGCGCCACGAACGAUUCCCAGUACAGAACGUUUGCAGAUAUUUUAUGGAAUGAGUUCGGAUAUGCAGGCUCCAAUGCGCAACAAUUCAGUUGGGACGACAAAUACGCGGGGAUAUUCGUGUUAGGAUUGAGGUUAACUGGGGAGGAAAAGUAUAGAGCGAAAGCCAUCCAAUUCUGUGAUAAUACAGUUAAUACGGCAUUAAGGACGCCCAAGGGCUUAGUCUUUUUGGGUGAGUGGGGUCCACUUCGGUAUGCUUCGAACGCGGUGUACAUCUGCCUCCAGCUGGCGGAUUUGGGGGUUAACGCAGCAACUUAUCGGGCAUUUGCUAGACAGCAGAUUGGCUACAUUUUGGGAGACACGGGACGAAGCUUUGUUGUUGGGUUUGGGAUUAAUCCGCCAAGAUUCUCGCAUCAUAGACCAAGUUCUUGCCCACCAAGACCACAAGUAUGCGAUUGGAAUCUUUAUAAUGGAAAUCAACCCAACUAUUAUGAUGUCACUGGUGCCAUUGUAGGCGGGCCGGAUGCGAAUGAUGUUUACGAGGAUAGCCGACAGUUAUGGCAACACACGGAAGUUGGGUUGGAUUAUAACGCUGCUUAUCAGAGUAACUUGGCAGCACUUCACUCCCUGAGAAAGGCCGGACUCCUGCAUUAGAUAGAGCACGCAAAUGUUUUGUAAAUUCUCAUUUUCCAAAACAUUUUGAUUAAAAUAUAUUAAAAAUAUAUUGAUCCCAA